GAGAGACGGAGGGUGCGUUGACGCAAUCGCGUCGUGGAAACGUACAAUGUAAACGGUCGUGUAUAUCCUGAGGGAUUCCUGCAGGGAGUGUAGACCGAGACCAACAUUUGCGCUGGCACAGGAGCUCGUCCAUGGGUGUAUUAUGAUAUCGACUGAUGCAGUGGGGAGAAAACACUGCUUAUUUCGAUUGGGUACAUGAAUAACUGGUUAUUUUCCGUAACAGAGAUAGGAUCAUCGUGCCUUAAACAUAUAUAAGGGCGAUCAAAAGUGAUUGUGUGUAGUAAUGAAAGAGCGGAGGCUACGUUGUCAUUCGCUACACAGAUUACAAUCGAAUGAGUAACAUCUGAUUGUAUCAAUCCCUAUCGGCGUCCCAUCUGCCACUUUGCCACUAGUGUUUCACUGAAUGCACAAGAGAAAUUUAUGCUAGACGGCACUAUCUAAGAAAAUAAAAUUUUAACACAGAGGAAUCUAGAAUUCUUUGUUAAUUGUACGCAAAUCCUAUUCAUUUACGUUAUAUUAAUCGUGAAAUAAUCAUGAAGAUGACUGUCGGUUUGAGAACAAUGAGUUUCGCGAAAUUAAAUCACCGUGUUCUGCAAACUUUAAACGUGCGCAAAUAUGUGAGUGAUCAACUUCUCGCGGACGGCGAAGUGAAGAAAUCGAGGAUAUCGCUGAAUAUCGAUACCAAUAUGUUGAAAAUCGGUUUCCUCGGUGGUGGAAAAAUGGCUCAGGCGCUCGCAAAGGGUUUCAUACGGGCAGGUUUAAGCAAAGGCGAAAUGAUGCUGGCCAGCUGCCUUCCGAAUGACACCGGGAGUAUCGAAGCUUUUAAGGAAAUGGGAUCAAAUACUGUUUUUACAAAUGUACCUGUUAUCGAUCACGGCGACGUGUUAAUCCUUUCGGUGAAACCACAAGUUGUACCAAAAGUUUUGCCAGAGUUCAGGAUACACGACAAUAAGAAGUUACUCAUUUCGAUCGCCAUGGGCCUCUCCCUGGACUCGUUAGAAAAGGCUCUACCAAAAGAAACACCUGUGAUAAGAGUAAUGCCGAAUACCCCUGCAUUAGUUGGUUGUGGCGCUACGGUGUUUGUGCGUGGAAAACACGCAAGUGACAAGGAUGCCGAAGUUACAGAGAAGUUAUUUUCCGCUGUAGGCAUCUGCGAAGAGGUUCCGGAAAGUUUCAUUGAUCCUGUGACCGCCUUGGCUGCUUCCGGUCCUGCCUAUAUAUAUAUGGUAAUUGAAGCGAUGGCUGAUGGUGGAGUCAAAAUGGGACUGACCAGGCCUAUUGCGUAUAAACUCGCUGCGCAAACUGUCUUAGGCGCCGGUACCAUGGUUCGCGAGACAAAUCUUCAUCCAGGACAACUCAAGGACGACGUGACUUCACCGGCAGGCUGCACUAUAAGUGCAAUUCAUCAAUUAGAGAAGCAUGGCUUAAGAUCGGCGCUAAUCAACGCUGUAGAGGCAGCAACGCUUCGAUGUAGAGAAGUUAAUUUACAGGGAGAGAAAAAUUAGUGGUAACAACUGUCCAGUGUAUUAACAUUUUAAAGAAAACAAUAUGUUAACGUAACCGAUAUCCAUUCAAAUAAGGCGAGAUGAUUAUUUCUGGAGAUACAAAUCUUAAUUAGAUUUUAGAUGCUGAUAAAAAUGCCCCUAUUUUAUUAAAGGAUUAUAUUUAUCGGCAUUUAAUAUUUAUUUGUUAAAAUUAAUAUUUCGAUUAUUUACACAAUAUAUAUUAUUGUGCCAAUUCACUACUAAUUAUAAUUAACAAAAUAAUAACUAUGUGAUAAUUUGAAAUUCCAAAGAAUAUUCAAUAUAUUCCAAAGUUAUUGAAUUGUAGUUGCAGUUUUAAAUACUGCGUUGGUCUCUCUGAAAAUUUGGUGUAAUAUCGAUAGAAAUAAUUAUUUGUAAAUAAUUAUUUUAAGUUCUAGCAGAUAAUUUUUUAAUUUAAAAGUAAUCUGUUUAUAAUAGAAAAUAUUAAAAAUAUAGAUCUGGUAUUAAAUGAUGAACACAUAUUGAACGCGUUAUUUGUAAUUAGCUGAUGCUAUUUUUACAAAUGAUAAUAAUUUAGAUUGUAUCUACAAAGAACUAUGUUGCAAGUUUAAUAGUUUAUAUAAUUAUUAAAAAAAUUAUAUUAAAUAACUGAUACCUAAAUAAGACUGAUAUCCAAAA